AUUGUGAAGCGUAUUCAUCGAAACAAUUGUUGACACAUAACCUUAUAAAAACAAAGCUUGAGCAAUUUUUGCUUGAUCAUUCAGCUGCAGAGUUUCAAAGGGACAUUGAAUUUAUUUAGCGAAAAAUUAACAAAUUUAAUUUAAAAACAUGAGUUCAAUUGGUACUGGUUACGAUUUGUCUGCAUCCCAAUUCUCGCCGGAUGGUCGAGUUUUCCAAAUUGAUUAUGCCGGCAAAGCCAUCGAACAGAGCGGGACAGUGAUUGGGCUACGGGGAAAAAAUGGUGUUGUUUUAGCCGUCGAAAAAAUUGUUCGCAGCCCAUUGUAUGAAGAAGAUGCUGGCGCCCGAAUCUAUUCCGUUGAUAAGCAUAUUGGAAUCGCUUUGGCUGGACUUCUCGCUGAUGGCAGAACUAUUGUUAAAACGGCUCGCGAAGAAGCUGCAAGCUACAGACAACAGUUCAAACGGCCAAUUCCAUUGAAAGUGCUCAACGACCGUCUAUCCAAUUUCAUCCAUGCAUACACAUUGUACAGUGCGGUUCGUCCAUUUGGCGUAAGCUGCAUCUUGGUAGCAAAUGAUCCACACACUGGCCCCGAAAUGUACAUGAUUGAACCAUCUGGAACAUCAUACGGUUAUUUCGGCUGUGCCACCGGUAAGGCUAAGCAAGCAGCUAAAACGGAGAUCGAAAAGUUGAAAUUGCAAGACAUGGAUAUCGAGCAACUCAUCAGUGAAGCUGGCAAAAUCAUCUACCAAGUGCACGACGAGCUGAAAGACAAAUUGUUCAAAAUGGAACUGUCUUGGGUGUGUGAUUUAUCGGAAAAUGUCCAUCAAAUGGUUCCAGACGAAUGGUACAAUAAAGCAUAUUUGGCCGGUGUCGAAUCAAAACACGACGAUGACAGUGACAAUGAAAUCUAAGCACAUCACUGCCCACCCCAUCGAAUAACCAUUCAGUUUAUUAAUGAAUUCAUAUUCUUUUUACGAUUAAACAUUUAUCUCGCUUUUUGAUGGAAACUAAUAAAAGAUUCAAAAAGAUUUUGAAAAAUAA